AUGGCGUUUACGCUUAACCAUACCCAAUUGGGUGAUAUCCAAGGCUUCAAGGUAGAUGGUCAAGGAGUCGUACAAUAUCUGGGCAUUCAGUAUGCCACUCUAGCUCAUCGCUUUGCUGCUCCAGAACUGAAAGCCAAUUAUGGGGGAACAAUUGAUGCGACAAAUCGCGGCCCAACUGUUGUUAGACCACCCCUGGCAUGCGAUAUUGAGUUUGGCCUCAUCCAAAAAGCUCUAGACAAGCCACAUGACCGUCCUAUGUCUGACCUUAACGGCCUGACUCUCGACAUCACCGCUCCCGAAUUAACCGUCAACGACAACAAUGCAAAGAUCCCCGUCCUUGUUUUUAUUCAUGGAGGAGCAUUCAUCAUAGGUGACAGCGGGGCGCCACAUUAUGAUAUGGCUGCCAUCGUUGCAUAUUCCCAGUCUAUCGGAAAGCCUAUCAUUGGUGUGUCAAUCAAUUACCGACUUGGAGUCGCAGGGUUUCUGGACAGUGACGAGAUGAGAGCUACGGGUAUCCCACCAAACAGAGGCAUUCUCGAUCAAAAGACAGCAUUCCAAUGGGUUCGUCGCCAUAUUGGCGGGUUUGCUGGCGAUCCAACUCGUAUCACUGCCAUUGGCCAAAGCGCAGGAGGCAGCUCCAUCAUGCACCUACUUGACUUGGACCUACCUGGAGAAGCCCUUUUCGAUCGAGCCAUUUGUUUAAGCGGAAACAACUUAGCUGUUCCUUCAUCUACCAAACAAGUAACCCAAAAUGCGUAUAAUGCGGUACUCCAAUGUCUGGCAAUAGACUCAGCACUAUCAAGCGAGGAUCAGUUAGAAGCGCUGAUUGCCAUAUCACCAGAGGACAUUCUAUCCAAGGUUCCGCUUUCGAUUCCUCUGCGGCCCGUGGUAGAGACAGACCAAAUGCUUUCAUUCGGAUCACUCAAGACUCAUUUAGCUUCACUCAAGCAUAGACCUCCUCUAAUGAUUGGUUCUACUGACUUUGAUGCCGUUGUCUUCGAAAUUCUGGGCCUUUUCGCAGACAGAGAAAAGGGAUCUUUGGCUGAAGGCUUCACCAGAUCUUUGAUGAAGUCCAUUCCUGAGGAGUACCACGUCAGGCUGGAGAGCUUUAUCAGUCAGUAUGGAAUUUCAAAAGAUGACAGUGAUGAUGGAACAUGCGUCAAGAUUCUCCAGUUGGGAACAGAUAUUAAGUAUUUCGCCACGUCAGAACACUAUGCUACCUUUUGGCCGGCUCAGGCAUGGCUCUAUUACUUUAAUGAGUCUAACCCAUGGGAAGGGCCGCAUAAAGGUCGUUCAGCUCACUGCCUUGACAUAGCUUAUCUUUUCUUGAACUACAAUGGCUUUAUGAAUGACUCCCAGAAGAAGACAGCAACGGCAUUUGCUCGAGAUGUCAUUAGUUUCACCCACGGGGAGGCUCCUUGGGCCGAGUUCCAUGCUUCGAAGAAGACGAGAGUGUAUGGGGCAAAUGGAAAUGGGGAACUUCACAGAGCCACGGUGGGCACACCUUAUGAGGUGGGCCCGUCUUAUGAAGUCCAAGCUCUUUGGUCAAGGAUAGGUCGCGAUAAUCUAGCUCAAGCUUGGGAUGCUUACUCCGCAAGGUCGUAG